UAUCUGUAAAGGGUAUUUACGUAAUUGAGCACGGACACUGGACUGAACCUUCAAAAGCGCUAAACACGCUUAACGGCUAAGUUUUCGACGCUUUAAAAAGAUCCGUCUCUCUGUUCUCCCAAGUCCCACCACUAAACACGACUCUCGCGAUUUCCCAAAAAUAUUAAUAUUAAAAAUACAGCGAAAUUUGUUAUCUGCUAAUUGGAUGAUAAAAUACAAAAAAAACAGCCUUCGUUUGUUUCGUUGAUUGAUCAUGAUCGUGAAAUCAGAGGCUCCACAGAGUCACUGGAAACCCUAAUACCGAACGUUCGUUUUUCCCUCCAUCCUUUUGACCAUCUCAAAGAGCUACCAGCUCUCUCUGUCUUUAUCUCAACAUCUUUUUCGUCGUCAGAUCUGAUAUCUUGACCUCCAGAUCUAGGUCUGUCUAGGCUGCUUAAGCUCCACGCGCCGCAACGAUUACUUCACGCGCCCGCGAACAUGGUGGUGAACGGGAGGCCUUUGAAGAGGAUGAAGAGGAGAGUCACGGCGGAUCUCCACGACUUCCUGACGUUCCCUUCGUCAGCUACGGGAGGUAACGGGCCUUUCAGGGUGAACGUUAGGGAGUUCCUGACGGAGCACGCGCUGUUGCCUCCGCCUUCGUCGCUGCUGCCACACCUGCUUACGUGGCAGAUCUCCUUCCGCGUCGGUGAACCGACGGACGAACCCGACUCGGCCUCGCCCGUCGUGUGCGUCGACGUGGUCGAGGAAGACGUUGCCAAAUCUAGAUCCGUGUACUGCGAUCAGUGCCGAGUUGUUGGCUGGAGUGGAAAUCCCGUGUGUAGCAAGCGAUACCAUUUUAUAAUAAAGGCGGAUGGUGCUUCUAUUGGUGGAUAUCACAAGCCAUGCACACGGUGUGGGGACAUUCUGCAUUUGUCUGAAUCCAGGUGUAAGAUGUGCAAUCAUGUAACGACUACGGAUGAUGUCGAAGAUUGGAUUUAUCAGCAAUUAGAGGACACCACCCAUCUUUUGCAUGGUGUGAUACAUGUGAAUGGUUAUGGGCAUCUUCUAAGAGUCAAUGGUAGGGAAGGAGGCUCUAGGAUCCUUUCUGGGUGUCAUAUCAUGAAUUUUUGGGAUCGACUAUGCAAAGCUCUUGGAGUCAGAAAGGUUAGUGUGAUGGAUGUGUCAAAAAAGUAUGGAUUGGAAUAUCGGCUGCUGCAUGCAAUCACCAAGGGCCAUCCAUGGUAUGGUGACUGGGGAUAUGAAUUCGGCUCUGGUAGUUUUGCUCUCACUCUUGAUGCAUACAAAUCUGCUGUCGAAACCCUAUCUGGCAUGCCAUUGUCAGUAUUUCUUUCUCAAGGAAGGCAACAGCCCACUUGGUUGCAGGACAGAAUCUCAUUUUACCAAUCAUUAUCCGAGCGUCGGGUUGUAAAUAUUAGAGAACUAUUCAGUUAUUUAAUGAGUUUGAUCCACAUCGCUCACAAGUCUUCAUCAGGGGUAAAUACUACCUUCUUUAAAAGACAAGGUUCGUCUGGAAUCUCUCGUACGUGGGAUAAGAGUGAUAUUGAACGUGUGAAUGAAGCAAUAUUUAGAGUUCUGCGGGCAGUGAGUGGGUCCAAGUGGGCAAGUUCUCGUGCUCUUAGAGGUGCUGUUUGUAGAAUAGGUUCGCCCGAUCUCCUUGAUCAUUGCUUGAAGGAACUAGGAGGUAAGUCAGCUGCUAAUGCGAUGGUGGUUCAUACUCGACAAAAUCCUGUUUCUGGUGCUCUAGAGUUCAGACUUGAACCUGGAAGUCCUCCUGAAGUAAUCACCUGUGGCAGUGAUUCUUCUGUCAUUAAGAGCCCAUGCCCAUCUUUAGAAGUCCUUAUGCAAGACCUUCAAUUUUUCUAUGAAACUAUACAUCACCCUCAAACCAUAUUGAGCUGUUCACCUGAGGCAACAAGGGAUCUUGUGAUUUGCUCAGCUGAGAAGCUUCUUGACUGCAAGCAAUUUGUAAAAGAAUACAAGCCUGAGAAGCAAGCGAGUUUGAACCCAUCUAUUAUAUGCCUCUCAUGCCAGAUGGAACUUUCUGAUGAAUCUGACAAGUUUGCCCCUAACCCACCCCCAGAACUGAUUAUCUUGCCCCUUACUGCAAGUGUUGCUGAUCUGAAGCACGAAGCAUCACGAGCUUUUCAAGAUGUAUAUUUGAUGUUUAAAAGAUUUGAAGCCGAAGAGCUGCUUGGCUAUGGUGGUGUUGAUGAUUCCAUCCAGGUCAAGCUUUUGUUAGGGUCAACUGAAUCAGUUUGUGUCCGAGGAAGAUGUGCAGGGAAGACCGGUCUUAGCAAGUACAGAAUGGAAAGAGGGACUGAGAGGUGGACAGUGGAUUGCAUUUGUGGGGCUAAGGAUGAUGACGGGGAGAGGAUGCUGGCUUGCGAUGUUUGUGGGGUGUGGCAGCACACUAGGUGUUCUGGUAUUCAAGACUCUUACUCCGUGCCUGCAAGGUUUGUCUGCCAUCGAUGCAGAGGCUCCGACCACGUGAACAAAGUCAAUGGGCAGUGCAAGGAUGAGAAGAUGACUGAUGCAGUCGGUGGUAACAGUAGCAGCUUUGGAAAGAGCUUAACAGCUGAUGAUGUUCGCUAGAUUUUGUAUUUUGUAAAUGUUGUUAGGAGGGCGUUCCUUUGGCCUUGAAUGAACGUGUACAUAAGUAUUAGGCCCACUAAUUUCGUCAUUCCAGUUGUUCCUCCUUCCAAUUCCUCUCACCUCUUGUUCCCUUUGUAUAUACAUUUUCAUCAGAUGGUCAGCUUAUGGCAUGGAAAACAAGAAGAAAAUGAGGGGAGAAAACUGAAAGAAAAAAAAAUGUUGACGAAGAUCAAUGGACAAAAAUAUUUUCUUUUUGGGAUAUUUUGCUUUGAA